UCAUUCAGUAUGAAAAGAAAACUUUUGCUGAUCGCCAUAGCUUUUGUUUUCUUCGAAAUUCUUUUCCUGAUCUUGUGUGUUAAUAAUUCCCUGACAUUUCGAAACCUCUUUUCGACUUUAAUACUAGGAAAGAAACGAGUUAUUCUAGUUGUAGGAGUAAUAAGUGCACCAAAUCUUGCUCAUCGUCGCGAAGGGAUAAGACUAACAUGGAUGGCAUUUUGUAAAAGACCAGACGUUGUUUGCAAGUUCUUCUUGGAUAGUUUAAACGACAUGGAUCAAGGGAUGGAUAAAGUAAUCAAGGACGAGAAUGCGAAAUACGGUGACAUUGAAUAUAUGGCAGUUCCUCGCGGAGUCAACUUUGCUAGGAGGAUUUUAUGGAUUCUGGAAUGGGCUGCAAAAAAUUACGUUUUUGAUUUUGUUUUACGAGUUGAUGAUGAUAUGUUUGUGUGUCUUCAAAGACUAAUCUUAGAGUUGCCAUAUCGUUCUGAGAAAAGAUUGUACUGGGGGUAUGUUCACUGCGAGAAGGAAGGACAAGUUCGUGUGGAUGAAGAAUUUCUUCUAUUAUCAGCAGACCUCGUUCAUGAAUUCCUCGAUAAAAAAGAUUCUUUGCUUUGCAAUCCCUUCGGAGAUAUUUCUGUUUCUAUGUGGGUGAAUAACGUUGACGAUGUUACUUACUUUAACGACAAAAGAAUCUACCACGAAGCAGGCUUAGCUAAGUCUAGUUUAGUCGACGAUGUCAGCCUAUGUCACAACUACCUUGCUUUAAAUAGCGCUUAUAAAAAGGACACACUUCUAUACUGGACGAAAGUCCAAUCAGAAUCAAGAACAAAUUUUGAGAUCCCAAAAAUCCUUCCUUUCGAGAAGACAUGUAAUCUUGCGAAGCAUGUAGACUGGAAAAGCUUUGCCAUUGGACAUCGGUUUGAACCAGUCCGCUGUAUGCGAAAACCAACUUGGAAAUCGCUAGGCAAGAUGUACAUAGGUAAACAAGGAGCCAAGGCUAUAGAUAAGAAUGUAUUGGAUCCUCUUGGUGAUAAGCCUGUCAUACCCCCUUAGUAAUGAGUAGUACGGUACUUUUACACCAGCGAAUAUAAUAAAUCCGGCACGCCCAUUGGUCACGGUAUGGCAUAAGCUGAGUGGUGAACGAGGAGCGCAAAGCAUGAGUGGAUAAAAUGACCCACCCUAAGCUUUUUUGGAGCUUUAUCAUGAAAGAAAACAAGAGUAAAGUGAAAUUGUUUUUA